AUGCUGGGCAUCGACCUCGUGGUCACCGAGCUCGACGACGUCACCAGCCUAGAGGCCGCAUUCUCCGGGAAGAAUGUCAUCUCCAGCCCAGGAGCAGAGAGUAUCUCCCCGCGCCGGUACGCAUACAGCGUUCAUUACCAGCAGGAGAGGAACAUUUCCGACGCAGCGACGGCCCAUGUCGUGACAUUCGACCCCAACGAUCUUCUCGUGUCCACAUUGAGCCGUGUCGAACGCUGUAGUCGCGGUGGAUUCACUGUGCUGUACCGCUCCGAUGCCAAGGCCGACGCGGUCCCCCGGUAUCCCGAGCUGGAGGCCAAGUUGUUCCAGGAUAUCAUGACCUUCGCCGCGGCAUCCAGUAAGCCGAUACCCCAUCUCGAUCCAUCCGGUGGCAUGGGAGAUCUCGUCAACGCAGUGUUCCAGAUACCGCCCGGAAAAAGCUACAUGGCUGUAGGCGCAGCGUGCAGCCAUGAUCUAGGUCGCGAAGUGGCCGGCAUGUUCUCCAACUUGAGUGAUGAUGCAACACAUUCGAAAGCCGAGUUUGGUUUCCAUACCAGAGAUUCGGGCCUGGAACAGCUGCUCCAUGACAUCAUGGAGAGAGAACGGGCCACCAAGGGUGACUGA